CGGUAGCGGAGCCACUCGACGCUAGCCAGCAGGAGGAUGUCGAGCAAGCGCGGGGGCGUGACGGACAAGCCCGCGGGAGGACGUGGCGCAAGUGGUGGUGAGCGCGACCUGCUCAAGUCGAUGCAGCAGGCGCUGACGGUCCGCCAGGCGCUGGCUGCCCACUCGGCGCUCGGGGGCGGACUGACUGAUGGCUGGAGCGACGACGACGAGGCCAAGAUAGGCGAGCUCCCGCAGGUCCACACAAGCAAGUCGAGCUCGCGGCGGAGCUCGAGGAGGAGCUCGCGGCGGAGCUCGCAGCACGGCUCCGGGGCGAGUAGCUCGAGGUCGCGCGGCUCAAAGUCAGGCACGCCGCGGUCGGGCCCCGAGGCGUCGACGUCGCGGAGCGGGCGGCGGCGUGGCGGUGGUGUUAGGGAAGCGCCUGCCGAAGCGAGCGAGGUUGAGGCACGGGCUAGCAAGCGGGCGGCGCGGCGGAAGCGCGGCGCAGUCCAGGCUGAGCCAGCAAGUAAGCUGAGCGGGGUGCGCGAGGACAAGGCGAGCGGGGUGAGCGAGGGUGGCGGGACAGAGCCGGCGCCAGCAGACGCACCGGCAGAUGGAGAAGAAGCGGCGGCAGCGGAGGGUCCGACGUACUUUCUCAAGCAGCUGGUCAAGGCGUUUACUGAGAUCGAACGCGAUUUGGGCGCCGAGUCGAUGCGGGUGGACCAGCUGCAGGCAUGGAUUACGACUACGCUCAAGCCCGGGCUGGCGCAGAUGAACUCGCGGCUGACUGAGCGGUGCGGCGAGCUGAAGCGCGAGUUUGAGGUUGCGGCAGCGCCGUUCAAGGAGCGCGGCGACCGGCUUCGGCCGCAGGUUGCGGCGCUGGUGCCUGUGCUGGAAGAUCUUGUUCUGCGGCUGACGUCGCAGGUCGAUGGGGCGAUUGGAACGUACGACGCGGUGGCAGAGCAUGAAGCUGAGCUUGCGCGGCGGAUCGAGCGAGUGCUGGUGGACUUGCAGGCACAGGCUGCCGAGCUCGAGUCGCUCAUGGACGAGGCCGAGGACGCCCAGCUUGAGUCGCUGGAGGAGCGGCUCUCGGCACGGCUCCUCCGCGAAGCGUCGGAGAAACUUGCGGUAGGUGCAGCCGAGCGCGGGAGCGGGCUCGACGCGCGGAUGGCGUGCAUGCAUGCACAGCUCGACCAAGUGGUGGCGACCGAAGCCGGGCGGCAAGUCCAGGCUAUUGCCGAGGAGCUGAUGGAAGUGCGGGCGGCCGAGGAGGCCAAGCCGCACCCUCUCAAUCCGGGCGGCAACUCGAUGGCGACGCGGCAGGCCGAGUUCUUUGACUGGCUCUCGCAGCACGGCUACGAAGCUUACUUUGUCAACUUUAAGGAGUACGGCUACGAUACGCUUGCGGUUCUCGGCACCCUCACCCCGGACGAGAUUGCACUCCUCGGCAUCCGCAAGGCCGGCCAUCGCCGCGGUCUGGAGAUGGCCAUCGAGCAGUUGCGGCGGCAGCAAAUCCUUGAAGGGUAAACUUAGUAGUCUAUGGC